AUGGCACCUUCAGCAUGGGAUGAUGAGGAAGAGGAAGAGGAAUCUUCAGAUUCGGAUGAUGAGGAAGAGGGUGAUGAUGAAAAUGAUGAUGAGGAAGAGGAAUCCUCAGAUUCGAUUGACAAAGAAUGGACAGAAGAUGAGAGAAUGAGAAUGAAGAAAUCUGCUCUACAGACUGUGUCCAGUGUUGAAUGCUACUCAUCAGAAGUGGAAGAAUUCAGUCCAGAAUUGGUUAAAAAAUGUGUUGAUGAUAAUUCCAAAAAUAAGUAUAGGUUUCAGUUCCCUCAUGCUGGACAGUUUAAAUGCAAAUUGACCGACCUUAAGUUUAUGAUGGAACGGGAAGGAGAAGUGGUGUACAGCACCGUGUCCUGGAACUCCUAUCCGUUGGAUGGAUUAGGCCAAAAGGAACCUGCAGGACCUCUGUACAGUAUUGAUUGCCAUAAAGGUUUAAUCAAGUAUCUGCAUCUUCCACAUUCUAAGACCAGUGAGCUAGAAAUGAAUGUGGCACACAUGGCUGGUGGUUAUUGGGAGAUCACUCAGCCACUAUCAGUAACGAACACACAUGUCAUCAUAGAUGUUGAAGGUUUGUCGCUGCUCGGUCUCAUAAAAACACGGCCAUCCAAUGCUGAUCCUAUCGAAGCCCAGGUUCUACUGUUUUUUAAAAAAAAUAUUGGAAAGAACAGGAAAAGUAAACUGCACAUGUACCUUCUGCCAGGGGAUGUGGCAGCUGAAGAGGUGCAAAAAAAGCAUGGAAAAAAAACACACGUUGAGACAAGUGGCUCAUGUGAACUGACCCCUGAUAAAAAAUAUGAGCCAUUUAUUAAAGAUAAUAACCUUGAGUUUACAGUCCAACCAAAGUCUAAGAAGUUUAAGCGUGACUAUAGCCCCAACUGUCAACCUACUUUUGAGGUAAUUUUUAAGACUGAGGUUGAUGAAAUCACUAUAGGUCUUUUGGAUGAAAGAAAGGAGGAGGUUUGGUCUCGCGAGGUCUUGCUCACGAAUACAGAAGCAGCUUCACUACAAGUAAAUACAGCAGGUGCUGACUUUAUGGAUCAACACAGAGAAACACUGAUUCAGAGAGUUUCAUCAGUAAUGGAGAUUGCUGACUGUCUAAAAAGCAAGAAGAGGAUUACUGAUGAAAUGUACAAUAAAAUGAAAGUACCUUCAAUAACAUCACAAGAUCAAAUGAGGCUUUUGUAUAGUGCUAUCGACUCGGGAGGAAAAACUGUGAAAGAAAAAGUCUACAAAAUCCUUAAGAAGAAAUUCCCAGACAUAGUAAACGAUUUGGAGUCUGCAUAGUGGACCUAGCACACUUUGUAGUGACACAUUUAGUAUUUCGUUUAAGUACUUUGUAAUUUGCAGUCUUUAAGUAAAUGCAUUUAUUUUAAUAUUUAGCUCUUUAGCAGUUUGAUGCAGAGACCUUAUAUGGAUAUAUCUUCUCUGUUUCUUUAAGUAUCUUUAUCUGAACUACACAGAAAAAACAGAAAAAAAAAAGAUUUAAACCUGUACAUUUGUUUCCACACAAGUGAAAAUUAAUAUUAGUAUCUAAACAUGCUAAAUUCAUCUUUACCAUUUAAUUAACUUGUUGUGUUCCACAUAAAAUACUGGGUUAAGAGUUUGUUUUUGUAUUUGUAUUUGUUUUUGUACUUUUAUUUUUCCAAUUAAAUUUUAUUUGUUGUAGUAGCACAUUAAAGGUGGAAAA